CUCGCCCUCAGCCCACCGGUCGUCCCAUGGUGCCCCAAGAGAAUGUUCAGACCCGCAGUGUGUUGUUGUCAUGGGAACCAGGCAGCGACAGCCUCUCUCCGGUCCGCUACUAUACAGUCCAGCUGAGAGAACUGCCCGACAGCAACUGGACCGUCCACUCUGCCUCGGUCAAUCACGAGGCCGACUCCUACAUAGUUGGCAGGUACAGUAUGCACCCAACCUAUCACCUUACCUGGCACACUACCUAGCACCCUACCUAGUGCACUAACAGAGGUACAUAGUAGACAGUUUCCUAUCACAGUAUAGACCCUUGAGCUGAGAUAUUUGAGAGAUUUGCUUGGAAAGGCUGCACUUAGCCCUAGAUGGAACUUGAAUAGUUGAAAAAAAUGUUGUGACGAAUGAGAAUGAAGUUGUCCUGUGUUCCAUCUCUCCAUGCUAGGCUGAAGCCCUUCACCUCCUACCAGUUUAGAGUGAAAGCCACCAACGACAUAGGAGACAGUGAAUACAGUGAGGAGAGUGAAGCUAUCACCACACUACAGGAUGGUAAGAGACUUGACCUCUUUUCACGUUGUGGUAUCUUACUGCAUUGAAAAUAAAGAUCCUUGUGGACAUCAUAUUAUCCGCACAUGAUUUGGUCUUCAUUGUCCUUGGUUUUGCCACAUUGACACAAACUUUUUUCUUAGGCUGGGGUUCUGUAAUGUAUGUUUUACAUCAGUGCUGGGUGCUGGGUUACAAUCCCUCCCUGAGUAGAAUGUCAGGAUGAGUUAAUGUAUUGCUGUGGUGAGGAAACUAUUGGCAGCAGUAGAAUAGGUGAUGUCAUCUUCACCAUCUGUGGUUGCUGUGCGACCGGGGGGGACGGGGGGGGGGGGGGGGGGGGUGUAACACUUACAUCCAAACAGUGUCAACCGAGCAGAACUAACUUUAAUUCAAGAAAUGUUCUUCCUUUAGAUCAUUCUCAUGGCAUAUUUGACUUGUUUACCAAUCCUGUUCUCUUUAGUUGUGUGUCUAUACACUGUGAAUACCACUGCAUUAGUUAUUUGCACCUGAGUGGUAGACUCAGCUAAUUGUCCUCACUUUCAAUCUUUGUUAUUUUCUCUCCUUCUGUUCCAGCCCCUGACGAAGCCCCCACAAUCCUCUCUGUCACACCACACACAACUACAUCCGUGCUGAUUCGCUGGCGGGUAAGAAGUGACGUGGUGAUUGGUCCUGAUGUCUGUCUUCCUAUCCGCAGUAAAACCCAGUCAUCUGUCAGUCAAUGGGCGGUAAUGAGAGGGCAGCGCGGUGUAUAGGGUGUACUUAGACUGAGUGAAACACACCUUUUUCUCCUCUCUCUCUAACACUAACACCUGAAUUAGCAGGUCAUAAAGGGGAGAAGGAGAGUUCCCAGGUUAUUGCCUGCAGGAGUGUAACACCGAGACAUCCAAACUCUUCUUUCCUUCCCCUGUUCUCUCUCUCCCUCCUCUCCUUCCCCUGUUAUCUCUCUCCCUCCUCUCUUUCCCCUUUCUUCUGGCCCUGUUGUCUCCUGUUUUACAACAGGGGAAUUUCUCUCUGUGUGAGUCAGCCAUGGAUGAGCUCCGGUUGUCUGGGGAUUUCUGAAUCCUGUCUCUUUAUCUUAGUCCUGUGCCGGGGAGGUCUGACCAUACAUGGGAUUAUCAAAAGUGGAAUCCAGAUGUUUUAUUUUUUUGCCUUUUGUUGUCUUUCAAUGAAAAGCGAGCUGUAAAUUAAAUAUAUUAUUCUUGUUAAUCAAAUAUCUAGUUAGCUAGCUCGGCUUUGUAAAUAUGACUGUCCGUGAGAGCGACUAUGUUGAACAUGGCCUAAUGGUAGUCUAACAUUAUGUGUUGUCAUCACAGCCUCCGUCUGAGGAGAAGAUUAACGGUAUCCUCCUGGGCUUCCGGAUACGUUACCGGGAGCUCCUAUACGACCGCCUCCGCAGCUUCCCUGUACGCACCGCCAACAGCCCCUCCAAUAACUGGGCCGAGCUCACCUGUGAGUACGGUCAUAACCUCCCCACAACGCCCCUACAACCUCACAUAAACCACCAUCUCUCAACAAGGCCAAACAGAACUCCAUCAGAAAGUGUACCAAACAUUCCUCCUAUAUCGUCUUCCUGUAACACUGGCUGUGCC